GCACAGAGAUCCCUGAAGGCUGGUUGGGUUGGUGAGGCCUGAGGAAUAGUCUGCCUGUGAUCCUUUUCCUGGUCUGUGGUUUUAGAAGUUCUGCUGAGUGAUCGGGCUACUGCACAGCAAUUAACCAUUACCUCAGUUGAGUCUUUAGGCUCAAGUAAGCCAUCUUGCACACCUGCAGAUUUGCCUUUUCUGGGAUUUUUGAGAAGCCCUGCUCAAUACAGGAUGGACCCAGUAGUCUUGAGUUAUAUGGACAGUUUGCUGCGGCAGUCAGAUGUCUCACUAUUGGACCCUCCAAGCUGGCUCAAUGAUCAUAUUAUUGGGUUUGCCUUUGAAUAUUUUGCCAACAGUCAGUUUCAUGAUUGCUCGGACCAUGUCUGCUUCAUCAGCCCCGAAGUUACCCAGUUCAUUAAGUGCACCAGCAGCCCUGCAGAGAUUGCCAUGUUCCUCGAGCCCCUAGACCUUCCCCACAAGAGAGUUGUAUUUUUAGCCAUCAACGAUAAUUCCAACCAGGCAGCUGGGGGUACCCACUGGAGUUUGUUGGUUUAUCUCCAAGAUGAAGAUAGCUUCUUUCAUUAUGAUUCCCACAGCAGAAGCAACUCAAUCCAUGCAAAACAGGUGGCAGAGAAACUGAAGGCUUUCUUAGGGAGCAGAGGAGACAAACUGGUCUUUGUGGAAGAGAAAGCCCCAGCUCAACAAAACAGCUAUGACUGUGGGAUGUACGUGAUAUGCAACACCGAGGCCUUGUGUCAGAACUUCUUUAGACGACAGCCAGAAUCCCCACUGCAGCUACUCACCCCGACAUACAUCACAAAGAAGAGGGGAGAAUGGAAAGAUCUAAUCGCCCGACUUGCUAAAAAAAAGAAGUAGCUACUGAAGAAUGCUAUGAAGUCUCCUCUUUCUGCCCUUCCCUGUGGUGACAGCCUCAGUGCCUGCGGGAAAACCACUAGUAGAUGAAACUUCACUAUUCCUACUUUUGUUUUCUUGAAAAAAAAUGUCAACCUCUGCAUUAUCUGAAUGGGAAGUUUCACUUUAACCCCGAAAAGAGCAGUCCAUUCUAUGAAAAUGUCUUGAACUUAAUGUACCAAAACCUUAAAAAAAAAUAAAAAUAAAAACACUCAUUACACAGUUUCAGGGAAGAUUCUUCUUUUCUUCUUGCUAUAACAUUAAUUUCCUUUUGGUCUCUCCUCUCCUCUGGCUUACUCUAAUGGAAGAGCAACAUUCUAAAGCAAACCUAUGACAUAUGGAGUCUAAGACAUACAUGAAGAAAACAGCAAAAGAAACAAAAUCUUGUUGCAAGCCAUUGAUUGGAAGUGGAUCAUGACCUAACUCCAUUUAGGGCCUUCAUAUUAUAGAAAUAAAACAAUCUCUGAUGCAAAGCCUUUCCCAUCUGCAAAUAUUUAAUAAAGAUGACUUUAGCCCAUC